AUGUUGAUUCAUAUUGUGAUGCAAAAGUGUGACGAAGGGACGAGAAGAAAGUGGAAGGAAUCGUUGAAUUUCAAAAGGUUGCCAUGUUGGAACGAUUGUAGUGCCGUUUUAGAGAGACAUUGUCAAUAUCUUCAAUCUCUGGAUAAAACGUCUCCUUGUGUAUCAGAUGUGCACACCAAUGAUAAAUUGUCAAAAAUAAAAAAAUCUCACAAAGAUUAUGCUUUUUCUUGCACUAAAUCUUCUUGUAUAUUUUGUUCAAGUGCGAAUCACAAGCUCAAUGGCUGUGAACGGUUUAAAAGUUUAUCAACUGCACAACGUUUUGACACUGUAAAGCGAUUCACACUGUGCAUCAAUUGUUUAUCAAAAGGACAGCAACGUUCUAACUGUCCAUCAACUUAUAGAUGUAAGAUUUGUUCAGAUCAACAUCACACCUUGUUACAUCGUAGCAACACCUUCAAUGCUACAACACCUUUCAACUCAGUUCAUCCUACUCCACAGUCAUCAAUGGUGUCAGCGGUAGCUACUACUUCUAGAGAUGCUGUGAUGCAUACACAUUUAGAGAAGUCAUCGACAAGUAAUGUCAUCUUAGCUACAGCGCUAGUUCUAAUACAGGAUGCAUCUGGAUGCUAUCAAUUGGGUAGGGCUUUACUAGAUUCGUGUUCACAGGUGAACUUCAUCACUAAUGAUUUCGCUCAAAAACUUCGCAUACCCAUGGCCAAGCAUAAUAUUGAAAUUAACAACAUCGGAAAUUCAUCGACAAGAAUUACAUCAAAGGUAUCAACUACUAUUAAAUCUCGAUUCACGGCUUUUCAACUUCCAUUGACAUUCUGUAUAACAUCACAUAUUGCGUAUCAACCAGAUUCUGAAAUAAACAUCUCAACUUGGAACGUACCAUCAAAUAUUAACCUUGCUGACGAACAAUUUUACAAAUCAACCCGUAUUGAUUUACUGCUUGGCACUGAAAGUUUUUUUAGUGUCCUGUCAGUAGGACAGAUUAAGCUUGGAUUAGGAUUACCAACGUUACAGAAAACUAUUUUGGGCUGGAUUGUUUCAGGUAGAUAUGAUGUUUCACAAUGCGUUAAUAAUUCAACUUGUCUCCUUUCAUCAAUUGACUCUGUCGAGGAAAAGUUAGAAUGUCUAUGGAAGCUAGAAGAAGUCUCGAUCACUCCACAUGCUUGGACUAGUGAACAACAAGUUUGUGAUCGUUUGUUUUCAGAAACAGUAUGCAGAACAGAUGCAGGUAGAGUUAUGGUAAGGUUGCCAUUUAAGGAUAAUCCUCAGUGUUUAGGCAGUUCAUACGGUACAGCGUUGCACAGAUUUAUUACACAAGAAAAUCAAUUGUCACGGUCGCCUGAGCUCAAAACGCAAUAUGUUGCCUUUAUGGAAGAAUAUCAAAACCUUCGUCACAUGAUUGAGGAAAAAGAUCCAAAUAUUGAUAAACCUCAUUAUUACAUUCCGCAUCAUUGCGUAUUGAAGCCAAUCAGCACCUCGACGAAAUUAAGAGUCGUAUUCGACGCAUCAUGUCGAACCUCUUCUCAGAAAUCUCUCAAUGAUAUUUUGAUGAUUGGACCUACUCUUCAAACUGAAUUGUUCAUCCUCUUGUUACGUUUUCGCUUAUUUCGAUUCGCUCUUACUGCUGACAUAGUGAAUAUGUAUUGGCAAAUUCUGAUUGAUCCUGAAGAUAGAAAAUUUCAGUGCAUUCUUUGGAGAAGUUCGCCAUCUACCAAUAUUCAUUCUCUUUCUGAGUUACAUCAAAUAAGACACGAAUUGGAAGAGCUUCUAAAACAGGGAGGUUUCGAAUUAGCUAAUUGGCACUCAAAUCAUCAAGCUUUUAGAGAUGAUACUACUGUCAAAGAUCUUAAUAUAGGUUCGGAUGUUAUUAUCUGCACAUUGGGACUGAAAUGGGAUCAAGAUAAUGAUGUAUUUAUUCCUUCAUUUAAUGUUAAAUCAAACUCUAUCAGCCGCAUCACAAAAAGAACUAUUUUAUCAAUUGCGUCGUCACUAUUCGACCCAUUAGGACUAUUAGCUCCAAUAACCAUAUCAACUAAAACAUUAUUGCAAGAGCUAUGGCUGCUUAAAUUUGAUUGGGACGAAUCCAUUCCUCAAAAUUUACAUUCAGCAUGGGAAAGGCUUUGUCACGAUUUGUCAUCAUUGAACACCAUUACCAUUCCAAGGUACUGUCUAAAACCAAAAGCAAAAACAAUUCAGCUCCAUGGGUUCUGCGAUGCAUCGAUUCGCGCAUAUGGUUGCAGCAUUUACAUUCGCGUCACAGAUGAUUCCAACCUCAUAGAGGUUCAACUAUUCGUAGCCAAAUCUAGAGUAGCUCCGCUAAAAAAACAAUCGCUUCCAAAAUUAGAACUUUGUGAAGCACUGCUACUUGCAAGACUUUACAACAAAAUUAAAUCGCUCUUCGAAAAGUUUGAUACGGACGUCUAUCUAUAG